CCAACACCCACAAGAAAGAAAGCAAGCCACAUUCCAUACAAAAUCCCGCUGAUCUUUUAGCUUAUAGACCAUUCCCUAUUGCAUUACAUUCCUCCAUUUAUACCCAGAAAUGGCAACCAAUGACUUUGAAUCUACCGUGCCGGAAUCCCACAAAAACAAAGCAACCGUCGAGGCCCUUUACGCCGCAUUGGCUCUCGGUGACUCCACCGUGGUAGCCAAGCUCCUGGCCAGCGAUCUCGAAUGGUGGUUCCAUGGGCCGCCCCGUUGCCAGCACAUGAUGCGGGUGCUCACGGGGGAAUCGGACUACUCCGAGUUUACAUUCCGUCCACGUAGCAUAACGGCUAUAGGGGACGAAUGUUUGAUCGCGGAGGGGUGGGAAGGGGCGCAGGCAUAUUGGGUCCAUGUUUGGACGCUGAAGAACGGGCUGAUCACGCAGUUCAAGGAGUAUUUCAACACGUGGCUCACCGUGAGAGAAGUGUCGUCGCCGCGGUGGGAGGUGGCUCGGGCAAGCCAUAUGCUGUGGCAGAGCCACCCGAGGGACCUCUUGGACCGGUCGUUGCCGGGGCUUUUGCUCGCCAUAUGAGGAAGGCUGUGCAUAUUCAGGUGGUUGGGAAUGACAAUUUGGGGGGGCUGCUGGGCUGGUGUGUGCGCGUGUGUCCGUGUGUUCAAUAUGUUUAAUAAGAAAAUCAGGACCACUGUCAAGUUGUUGGAAAA